UGUAGCCUGCGUUCCUGUUGUCCAAUAAACCUUCUGUUUUACUGGCUGGCUGAGAGUCACUGAGAGUCCCAGGAAGAGGGGUGCAGGGCCGGACCCCCCCACACUCCAUGACAGUUUCCCGCUGCUGUAGCAGCGAGAUCAUGUUUGCCCACGUUGGGGAAGUGGGGCGCCAGCUGUACAGCGCUGUAUGUGACGAUGUUGUCACCUGCCUGAGCCACAAGAGAGGAGCAGUUGAGUGGCACUGAAGCAAUGGGUUAAAUUCAGAGUGGUUGUGCGAGGUGAUGUAAGACUUGCAGCCACGCACUGGGCCGAGCAGCUGUGAGGUGCAUGCUCAGGAGCUGGUGAAGGUGUGAGUGAAAGGAAGCGGGGGAGGGGGUGGCUAGUGUUGAAUUUUGCACCUUUUACACCGUCUUAGGGUUUGGGGUUUUGAGUUCCUGUCUGGCCCCUCAGCUUGUGAGUUAUGUCACCCCCGCCCCCUCCCUGGGUGAUGUAGCAGGGAUAUGGGUAGGAAUCCGGGGUGAUGAGCUAUGCACAGAGAGAGGUGACUUGUCCCCUCUUGCAAUCCCUCUGGACUCACCGGCUUGGGCCGGGUAUCUAAUCCCCACCUUGCUCCAGCCAUGGUGGCUCCAGGGUGCUCUGGGAGGCUGCAGGGCAUCAAGGGAAGGCUUCUGCCUCGGCCCCUUUGUGAGAUAGUGGAAGGCUGGCUGGGUGAGUUGCUCCAGCCGCACUCUCCAGACUGUGUUCGGUGCAACGCCCUCCCCGUGACAGGGGUGUGGAACAAACCAAACAAGCAAAGGUUACAGCAGCAGUUCAGUCAACAGCAGCCUGCAAGGGAGAAAGGCUCCCAGGUGCUGAGCACCACCACCGCCUGCAGGAGCCCAGCCCAGGAGGAGGAGCUGGGAGGCUUUUUGCUCUGGAAUCAACAGAAGAGGCUACAGCCAGCAUGGACACAACGAGUGGAGGGAACAACGUGUCAGCGCUGUCCAACGACAAGCCUCGUCGGCAGCAGCUCGGUCCUUGCUGUAGCCACAAUCAGGGGGAGGUGCUUCCACAGCCAGCUGCGCCCCCUCUUCCUGCUGUCCCUGGCAGACUUCCUGGCUGCCUUGGUGCUGAUCAUCACGGCUUCCAUCCAGCUCCUUCCAGCCCAGCUCUUUGUCCUGGCUUACGAGUUCUGCCCCUACGGCCUGAUGCUGGCCAUGAUGUUCUAUGCCAUCUCCUUCCUGAUGGUCAUUGUCUAUGCGUACGAGGUGAACCACACCAUCCGUGGCUGGAGAGUGACGCACGAGACAGCUCUGCAGGAGAGAAGCAGGUGCAUGGAGAGGGCGCAGCACUGCCUGCCCUACAUCCUGGCCUGGCUGCUCCCCGUCCUCACGUUUCUGGGCCAGCUGCUGUUCAGAGGCACGUCGGUGAGAGACAUCGCUCCCAUGUCCCUCGAAUCCGUCAUGCCCCAUACAGCCAACCUCUCCCGAGGGGCCGACAGCCUGUACUGCUCCAGCUGCCUGAUCCUCAUCCACCGCUCCCAGGACGUCUGCUAUAAGGACGUGGGCGGGAAGGACACGGGCCUGGAGAUGAAAAUCCUCUUCUUCGUGUACCUGCUGCUGGUGCCCAGCUGCAGCGCGUUCCUCUACUGCAGAGUGAAGCUCUGGUGCAGGAGGAGCAAUGAGGUGCGGUUGCUGAACAUGGAGAAUGACGGUUUCGCCAGCAGGAACAUCCAGAGCGUGUGCAAAAUUUCUCGCUGCUUCCAGCUGGUUUUCCUGAUCUGCUGGACACCAGCUUUCCUGCUCAGCAUCCUCUCCUUCACCAGCAUCGAGCCCACCUCCAUCUUUGCACUGCAUGUUGCCAUGGCCCUGACCAUGUCCCUCCAAGGGCUCCUGCACAGUUUGGUCUAUGGCUGGCUGCGGCAGAAUUUCCGCCAGGAGGCUCUGGGGGAGACGCUCCCCUUGAGAUACUACCCCGGCCUCAAAGCCUUCUACGAUGAAUCAUUUGGGGUUGAGUGCUAGGAGAGUGCCUGCAUCGUUCUCUACUGUUCCUGGGCCCCAAGUCUGCAGCAGCUGAUGGGCAUGACCCAGCUUCUCUCCUCACUGGGGGCUGGUCCCCCUGGGCACUGCACCAGGCAACAGUUAGGUAGUAAGGAAUCAGCCCUGUACUGACUUUGUGGUGCAGCCUUCCUGGAAAACAGGGACCUGCACUGAUUUCACCACCCUCCUGGAUUUUGAGAAAUAACUUUGCAAACACAGAGUUAUAGCCACACCUGCUCCUGGAAGCAAGCUGGCUGGGAAGCUGCUCCUAGUUAAAGUAGCAAAAUCAUUAGCAACUGUUGUGUGACCAACUGUGGUUUGCUUAAGGAGUGUUAAAGGCCCAGAGCUGAUGCUGGCUGUAAGGGAGAAGAGGCCAAGAUCUCACUCAAAUUCCCUCCCCCAUACACUACUGUCCUUCCCUCAUCUCUAAAGUAGCUUCUGCAAAAGGCUGGGAGUGGCAGCCUCCCCUCAGCUCCCCAGUGAGGACUGUGGGGCUGCUCCAGGCCUCUGUGAGAGAGAAGGGAGCUUGCAGGAACCGUGGCUAUCACUACAAGGCCACAGGACUUAGAGGAGAAGCUCCAUGGAGCAAUUCUCUUGCACAAUUGAUUGAUUCCAUUAUCCGUGGGGCCUAGAGCCCCGGUCAUGGAGCAGGACCCUGUCUGUUCCAGGCGCUGGACCCAGCUCUGAGUGCAUUCGUGGCCUGGGAACUCACAGGGUCUCUUUCCAGUCUGUAUUAAUUCAAACAACAUGGACAGAGAUAAUGGGGUGCAGAGAGCUCCCAAGAGGGAUUUGGCAUCCCCCCCACUACUGGCAGUGGAAUCUUGUGACUGGCCAGAGGAGGCAGGAGAGCUUGCUUGGCCCUCAAUUGCCAUCUUUACCCACUUGAGAAUAAAAAACCUUAACCCUU